AUGGAAGUUUCUUCCAGUGACAUCAUGGCAAAGCUGUCGAAACAUUACACACCGAAGCGGUUCAAAGAAUUUGAGCGCUUCAAGCUUUUUUCGUCUCGACAGGAGGAAAACGAGUCGGUAAAGGACUUUGUGGAGAGACUCUCAGCCAUUGUUGGACGCUGCGAAUAUGAAGGCGAGAGGGACACCCGGGCUUGCUCGUUGUUGACAGCCUUCAUCGUUGGCUUACAGGAUCCGAGGGUGCGAGCAAGACUUGUCCUGGAAAAAGAGUUAACGUUGGAGUCAGCCAUUCGUUUGACGGAGAGUUCGUUGGCGGCAGAAGCAGAGUCACGCCAGCUUCAUUCUGAAGUUCCUGUCCACAAGAUUGCGGGACCAGUGAUUGUCCGUCGCAGGUGUUUCCGCUGUGGGAAUACCAACCACGGACCCGAUGCAUGUAGAUUCAAGAAAGAAGAAUGCCACUCUUGCGGGAAGGCUGGUCACAUAGCUAAGAUGUGUCAGAAUGAACGUGCAUCGAUGUCCACCGGGAAACACAAGCCAAAGCACUCGAGCAGAGUCAAGCUGGUUACGGACGUGUUGCUGGCAGAUGAACAGGACGGACGAUAUCUGACUUGUAACCUUUUGGGCAAGGAUAUCACACUGCAAGUGGAUACUGGUUCAUGGGCCACGUUGCUGGAUGACCGCACGUUUAUAAAGCUUGGGAAGCCGAAGCUAGAGACUUCGCCUUAUCGACUACGCGGUUUGAAUAAGGGCGAAAUUCCACUUCGUGGACAAACGGAACUGGAUGUUUCGUUGGGACACCGAACGCAAAGGUUGCAGGUGUUGUUCACACGAAUGGAACACACGAAUUUACUUGGAAGAGAGUGGAUUAGGCGUCUGGAUAUCGACCUCAACUGGCUGUUUGUGGGGAUCGUCGGUAUUGCCAAGGAGUCACUAAACGAGAUUUUGGGAAAAUUUUCAGCGCUCUUCCGCCCUGGCCUCGGAACGUGCACGAAGUUGCUGGUCCAUCUUCAUGUACGUGAGGGGGCACAACCGAAGUUCUUCAAACCACGUCCCAUACCUUUUGCCACAAGACAGGCAGUAGAGACCGAUUUACAACGUCAGGAUUGA